AGAAAUCCAUCGUCUCCUCCAUUUUCCGUUCACCGCUCCGUUUAAGUUUAACAAGAAAGGACCCGUACGGAAUUAAAAUCAUUAGGGCAGUUCCAUUCAAAGCUUCCUUCCCCGUUGCUCCAUCAUCAAACAAAACAAACAAACUCAUCUUCUCUCUCUCGAUCGGCCUUUGUCGCCACUCCAUCUAGAGCCUUCAUCCGUCCAGUCGUUUCGAGGGUUUACGUUGUUCUCCGACCUCGCAUCGGGAUCGUAUCCGAUUCGGACCAGCUGGAGGGAAACAGGUAGAAGCUCGAGCUGCGAUGGAUUGGGGAAACGUGACGGCUGAGGAUCUGAUUGACGCGCUUCGUGAGGUCGAUUGGUCGUCCCCGCCCCGUCCCCUCGCGGAAUUCUUCUCCAAAUUCACCGUCCCCAGAUCUUACGCCAAGUGGAACAGUCGCUUAAAAUGCAACCUCUACUACUACAGAACCAACUAUUUCAUCAUGGUCGUUGUAAUCCUUGGGCUGGGUUUUCUUAGGAGGCCACUUGCAAUCGUUGCUGCUCUUUUGACAGCUCUUAGCAUUGCGAUUCUAAAUGACAGUUUUGCAGGUUCUUUUAGUGAAAAGGUGACAAGAAGUGUGAGACAAAUUUCACCACAUUUGGCUGCCAAGAUGAGGCCUCCUCACACACCUGUCAUUCGUGGGCGUCCAUCUGCUAAAAGAGCAAUUUUUAUUUGUGGUCGGCCACGCUGGGUGUUUGUCUUGAUAUUUUCUUCUGCUAGCGUCAGCCUUUGGUUUGUGUCUUGCGGUCUCUUAACUGUCCUCUGGGCUUUCACCAUUGGGUUGCUGGCCACUAUCCUCCAUGCGAGUUUCAGGACUCCAAACUUGAAAGCACGCUUGAAUACAUUCCGCGAGGAGUUCCGUGCAGUUUGGCGCAAUUACAGUGAACUGUAAUGCUUAGGGACUUGUGUGUGAAGUAAGCUCUUCACUGAGCAGUGCAUGAGGUUAGUCCUCAUAUUGUAUGUUGUUAGUCUGAUAGUUAAGUAGCUUGCACCUUUCCUCUGGGAAUUUUUCCUUCUUCAGGAAGGAGUAUUUUCCUAAUUUAUUGUCAUGUUGACUGAUAGCUCAAAUGCUGACAAUAACCAAGGAUAUAAGUUACGAAAUAUAGUACAAGCGAUGUACUCUUUGCUUUAUGUUAGGUUGUUCCUGUCAAUUGAAAAUUCCCUGCGCUUGCGACCGGGUUAAAGCUUAUUUGGAGCUACGAGCAGCAGCUGCUUCUUCCCUGUAUGAUGCGAUGCAAUAAUAAUGUAAUCUUGUUUCUGCUGGAAUAUUGGGAAUUCUCAGGUGAAGCCUAGGAAGUGGGGGCUAUAUCUUCAGAUUGGACAUUAAGGGGCUGGUGAAUUGAGAGGAGAGGCGGCAAGCUCUUUCAUGUUUUAUUAUUAUUGUAAAAAAUGAAACUGAUUGUCUCUUUAAUUGUUAGCAAAUAUUCUGCCAAAAAACAUACAACUGCACAAUAUCCGCUCGUGUAUUUCUGGGAAUCUCGGUUGGCUUUGCGACAGACUUUUGAUAUUUGAUUGCGUAGCAGAUUUACACCUCC